AUGAAGUUUGGAGCUGCCGUCGCCGCUCUGUUCCUCGCCGUUGCGCCCUUGGCCACCGCUGAGACGAGCACUAUCACAAGAACGACCACUGUGACUCAAACCAUUGUGCAUGCGCAUACCGUUGUCGCCUCAUCCCGGCCCGUCCCGACCCCGUCUGCAUCAGUCAGACCAUCCAGCACUCCUGUGCCUGGCUCGAUUUCGGCUUCCGCUACCGUGAGCACCGUGCCCUCUGCUUCAGCUACCCACACCGGUGCUGCCGUGGCUCUGGGACCCGGAAGUGCUUCCGUCGCGGUCGUCGCUGGAUCGUUUGCCAUGCUGUUGGCCGCUUUCUAA